AUGAGCAAAGACAGGGGAGACGGUAUUCUGUCCAUGGUCCUUAUCGCGGAGCCGACGGUCCCCAGAGAGAGCAUCAAGCAGAGAAAAUUGGCGGGCGAUGUCGAAGUAGAAGUGCUCCGCUCAAUAGAAAUAGCCUUGUGGAACCCGAAAAAGUUUCUCGUUCCCAUACAGGAAACAUUACAGAACCUUCUACAGCAAGAGGAUACGGAUAAAGAUUGCAAGAUUACUGUGGAGGACAAAGGUCCCAAGGUUAUGUUUCUCGGAUCUGUCACAUCAAGCGGAUUCCGUCGUUACGAGCUACGAGGGACGUAUCCUCUGUCAAACCUUUUGCAAGAAUUGACCCUGCUGGCAAAUUCUGCAAGGUCUUUUACAGUUUUAGAUACCAGAUCUUUGCAUGAAAAUCCCGUCGCGAGACUAUCGAGACUCAUUCAAACUUGUUUCUGGAAUAACCUUACUCGGCGUAUCGAUACCUCCAACAUAUCUCAGGUGGCACGAGACCCCAAAGAUUGGACACGAAAGCCCCAAGGGCGAUUGUACAUUCCACGGGGCGCACCUGAGCAAUUCCAAUACUAUUCACACUUCUCCCAGAAACACCCGGAAGCUGAUCUGGAUGUAAUUUUUCUACCUGAAAAAAUCACGCCAGAAUAUGUGCGCAACCUCAAUGACGCCCCAGGGCUACUUGCUUUAGCAGUUGAGAGAUUCGUCAAUCCCGCAACAAACCAGGAGGAAUUUCGUGGGCUUCCUUUCCUUGUUCCAGGUGCUCGGUUCAACGAACUUUACGGUUGGGACAGUUAUUUCAUCGUUUUGGGCCUACUUCGUAGUGGUCGACAAGACCUUGCUCGAUCUACCAUCCUGAAUUUCUGUUUCUGCAUUGAACACUACGGAAAGAUUUUCAAUGCGAACCGAACCUACUACCUGGGCCGUUCACAGCCACCCUUUUUGACGGACAUGGUUCUGAAGACAUACGAGAUGAUCAAGCAUGAAUCAGGAGCCCUUGACCUUUUGCGUACGGCUACUUUGUCCGCUAUUAAGGAGUAUAAUACCGUUUGGACCGCCAGUCCUCGGCUUGAUCCAAUCACUGGCUUAUCUCGGUACCAGGCAGAGGGCCUCGGUGUGCCCCCAGAAACUGAAAAGUCGCACUUUGCCAACUUGCUACAACCAUAUGCCGACAAAUACCAGCUCUCGAUGGAAGAUUUCAUACAUGCCUAUAACUACGGUGAGAUUGUUGAGCCGGCUUUGGACGAGUACUUCCUGCAUGAUCGUUCCUUGCGCGAGUCUGGACACGAUACUACUUAUCGUUUGGAAGACGUCUGCGCGGACCUGGUCACUGUAGACCUCAACUCACUUCUCUACAAAUAUGAGGUGGAUAUUUCCUUCAUAAUUCGCACAUACUUUGCGGAUGAGCUCCCAAUUUCUGCUCAGUCCGCUUCCAUACUAGGCACUGUUGAAUCUUCGGCAACAUGGGAUCGCCGCGCAAGUUUCCGGAAGAUGCAGAUGGACAAGUAUUUGUGGAAUGAGGAUAAGGCGAUAUUCUUAGAUUACAACGUCAAGACUGGUCAGCAGAUGCCUUACGAAAGUGUGACAACCCUGUGGCCUCUCUGGGCACAGUCAGCAAGUCCUCGACAAGCAGCCUUAGUGGUCGAGAAAACGCUGUGCAAAUUUGAGAAUCACGGAGGCUUGGCAGCUUGCACAGAGGCUUCGCGUGGUCAAAUUACUCUAGAUCGCCCGAAUCGUCAAUGGGAUUAUCCUUAUGGAUGGGCCCCCCAUCAAAUCAUGGCUUGGACCGGCCUGAUCAACUACGGCUACAAUGACCAGGCGCAGCGCUUAGCCUACAAAUGGUUGUUCAUGAUGACGAAAGCUUUUGUUGAGUUUAACGGCGUUGUCGUUGAGAAAUAUGACGUUACUCAGCCGACCGGUCCUCAUAAGGUGGACGCAGAGUAUGGCAAUCAAGGGGCUGAUUUCCGUGGUGUUUCACGCGAAGGGUAUGUCUCCUUUACGACUCUUGCAAUUUAG